AUGUCAAUGCCAGCACCCGCUAACCCGCAGAACACCUCUGAGCAGGAUAAGGUCUUGGGUCACCCGCCGCAGCAGAGCCUCGGCGGUAGCAACCCAUACCCACCGCAAUACGUACAGCAAGGUGUUCAACCCAUGCCUCAGAUGGACCACAGCGCGAUGCAACAAGGCAUGCAGUACCAGGCUGCCAUGCUCGCUGGCUGCGCACAAGGCAACCACAGCUGGGAGACCAAGUACGGUGUAAUCGGUAUCAUCGUCGCCAUCGUCUGCUGCCCAUGCGGUCUCCUUGCACUUCUCUGCGACCAGCACAAGAAGUGCACCCGUUGCGGACAGCUCUCCCAAUGA